AUGAUCCUCCGACGACCCCUUCUCAACGCGACAGCGACCGCCGCGUCCGCACCCAAGAUUUCCGUCCGCAACCUCCAGCAUUCAAUCCCCAUCCGACCCGCUCCCAAACCGACACCCUUCAUCCCCGACCAUGCCAGUUUCCUCACAGCCAUCGGUCGCGGCCUCUCCGCACACGCCGCCAAGAUUCCCUCAUGGGAAGCUCUCUUCACUCUCUCAUCGCACCAGCUGAAGGAACUUGGCGUUGAGCCCGCACGAUCACGGAAAUACCUGCUCCACUGGCGCGAGAAGUUCCGCAAUGGCGAGUACGGCAUCGGUGGAGACUGCAAGCACGUCACCGAUGGCGUGGCGGAGCUGAAGCUCAUGGAGGCACCUGUUGGUGCGCACCCCAUUCCUGGCAUGCAUGCACGAUCUGCCAUGUCGACGGCGACACACGACCCUGGAACCCGGAAAGUGGUAGUCAAUGUACCGGCGGGUGCUGAGGCCCCGACGGAACCGUUGGAGACUUUGGGAAGUGUGCAGGGUGUGGUAGUCAAGGGUGCAAAGACGAUGAAAGGCAGCCAUAUCGAGCCGCUCAAGGGUAGCGCUGGACUGAAGGCAAGGAUACGGUUACAAGAAGGCAUCUGGGAGGUGAAGAGAGGGCACAAGGUGGAUGGUGGUGAGAGGAGGAAGGCUGAGGUGCGGGCGAAGAGGAGGGCUGCUGAGAACAAGGAGAAGGCCAGGUAG